ACAUCGAUACAUCGAAAAUAUCAUAGAUGUUUUUACCACCUUUAGUUCAUACUAGUAUAAUAGUAAACGGAAACAGAAUCCUCAAGAAAUUAAUAUGAUUCUGUAUAUCAGUAUUCUAUUUUGCAUCGAUCAGACAAUUGGAUUCAUACAAUCGCCGGUACCGAAUGUACUUUUAUUAUUGACUGAUGAUCAGGACGUAGAGCUACAUGGCUUGCAUCCACUACAAAAAACUACAGAAUUGCUUACUGAGUAUGGUACAAAGUUUACGAAUGCAUAUACAAGCACACCACUCUGUUGUCCUGCGCGAGCAAGCCUAUUAACAGGUCAGUAUGCGCAUAACCAUCUGACUUUUAAUAAUUCGAUAAAUGGUGGUUGCAAUGGGCAUCAUUGGCGUACACUAUCUGAGCUACGCACAUUGCCAGUGUUGUUGCAAAAGCAUGGAUAUCAUACAUUUUUUGCUGGAAAGUAUUUAAAUCAGUUUAAGGGCGCUGAAGUUCCGCCCGGUUGGGAUAAGUUUUAUGGCCUUCACGGAAACUCUCGCUACUAUAACUAUACAAUACGUGAAAAUAGAAGAAAUGUCAGCUAUGCGGAUAUUUAUUUAACUGAUAUGUUAAGAGACCGAACGUUAAAAUUUAUUCAUAAUGUGAGAAAAGGCCAGAAUCCCUUUUUUGCAAUGAUUUCACCCCCAGCCGCUCACGCGCCUUUCACUCCAGCACCGCGGCAUAAAGGUGUAUUUUCCCAUGUCCGAGCGUUACGUACUCCAAGUUUUAACGCUCCUAGUAAAGAUAAACAUUGGCUGGUUAGAACAGCCAAGCGUUUGCCGAAUUCCACUGUGCUCACAGUUGAUAAGUAUUUCCAAAAACGCUGGGAAACACUUCUCGCAGUUGAUGAAAUGAUGGUGGCCAUAAUAACAUUACUUAAGAAAUAUCAAUGCCUCGAUAAUACUUAUAUCAUUUACACUUCUGAUAAUGGUUAUCACUUGGGUCAGUUUGCACAGCCGUUUGAUAAACGACAACCUUAUCAGACUGACAUUAAGGUGCCAUUACUUAUUCGUGGACCAGAUGUACCUGGCAGUAUUUUAAUGAACUUCGCUGUUAGUUUGGUAGAUCUGAUGCCUACCAUUUUAGAAUGGGUCGGCUUAUCAGUCCCCAAUUAUGUUGAUGGCCGCUCUUUUAAAGAUGAGUUGCUACAGCUGCAUCCGGCGAAACGACAAUCACAACAUCGAGUAUUGCUCGUUGAGUAUUGGGGUGAAGGAAAUGACGAAACAUAUAAUUCAGAGUGUCCAGGGAAGCAGACAGACCAUUUAGCGCAAUGUACGCUAGAUGCAGAUUGUCAUUGCCAAGAUGCGUGGAACAAUACAUACACGUGUAUUAGAGAUUUUCGGUAUAAGCUGGAUCGCAUUUAUUGUGAGUUCUAUGAUACCGAGAAUUUUAUUGAGGCAUAUGACUUGAUCCAAGACCCCUAUCAAUUAAAGAAUAUCGGUUAUGAACUACUUCCAAGUGAACGUACUUUAUACGGAUUUUUAAUAGGAAAUCUCACAGUAUGCGCAGGAAAAUCGUGCCAUAUUAACUAUUAAUUAUUUUUUUUUUUUCAUUAACUAAUACGAGCCGCGCUCACAAAGUGCUGCAUUAGCGAUUUUGGUUCACAGUCACAAUCAACAUUGGUAAUUAUGUAUUUAGCUUUAAUUUGAUUUGAAUAAGGCAAUUUAAUAUUAAAAAUUAAAGUGAUACCUUCAAAAAUGCAAAUUAGUUUGUAAGGGGGGUGGAUUUGGUUUGAUUAAAAAUACUGUGGAAUCGGGUUAUAACGACUUCACUUAAAGCGUUUAACCGGUUAUAACGACGUAAAUUCGAUGGUUUGGCUGGUCCCCAAACAAACUUAUAUGAAAGAGACACCGCCUAGUACGUUUCCACUUUUAACAAUCCGCUUAGCCCGACGAUUUUCUUACCGGCUAUUACGACGCACAGUAGGGCCUCUGCCGGCAGAGCGUGGCAAAAAUAAGUAAAGUCAUAAUCACCGAUUUUGGAUUUUUUGAUGCCAUUGUGUGGAAAGGCUUUAGCUCGUCAGCAUCUCUCCUCUUCGCAUUUCACUACAAAUUGAUAAACAUCAACAAAAACCCAAUUAAUCGUCAAAAUAGUAUGUUUAAUACAUUUUAUAAUAAAAAAACACAAUUCAAACGCUUUACAUUUUUACAUUAUAAUUUCUUUCUUACAUUACAAUUUUUUUGUUUAAAAAAAUUAUUUAAAAAAUUUGUUGCGUAUAACAUAUAACUAACAGAAAUAUGCGUUAAAUACUCAA